AUGUCUUCUUCAAUUGUUGAUGGUAUGUUGAAUCUGAUGAGGGAUUGGUUUUCAUUGACUUCAUCUGCCCAGGAGAUGGUGGCUGUGGUUGGUGUUGGGUCUUGUUGUACUGUAACUGUGGUUGGUGUUGGAUCUUGUUGUAAUGUAACU